AUGAUUUGUCACAAUAUUUCGUCUCUUUCUCAUUCACAGGACUAUGAGUACCCUCUGCACCCCCAUAACACCAACUACCAGAAGAAUGACCGCUGCCCCCCACCACCACAAACCCUUCCUGAUAGGGCCUGUGAGGUGCUGAGCUGCCGCUCCGACUCCGAGUGCGAGAGACACAAACGCUGCUGCUUCAAUGGAUGUAUCUACGCCUGCCUGGAGUCCGUUCAGCCUCCUCCAGUGCUGGAUUGGUUGGUGCAGCCAAAGCCUCGCUGGCUGGGUGGAAAUGGCUGGUUACUGGAUGGACCCGAGGAAGUCUUACAAGCUGAAGCCUGCAGCACCACUGAAGAUGGGGACGAGCCUCUCCACUGCCCUACAGGAUAUGAAUGUCACAUAAUUAACCCUGGCAGCCCAGCAGAGGGCAUCCCAAAUCGAGGGCAGUGCAUCAAGCAAAGAGGAAACUCAGAUGGGAGAAACCUGAGGCUGAAAUAUCCCAAAGAAUAUCAUGGUAAGUCACUUCUCGGGAUAGGAGUACGGUGGUGUCCUUCAUACCAACCUCUGUAA